GGCACGGUACCAGCGCCGGUGUUCGUAGUGAGGGACUGCAUGAGAACUUGUGUGUGCGUUUGUGUGUGUGUUGGCGAGUGCUCGCUCGCAGCACUUGCCCCCAACAGUCUGUUUGGCUAUACAGGGGGGGACCUUUGUCUCUGUAAUAUAGUGGGAAGCGGUAAUGCAGCGCUGAGCGUGCUGCGCUACGAACCGGGGCCACCUGCGUUCGAUUCCCGUUCGUGGUCACGAUCGGGGAUCAUUGUCUGGAGACGCGUUCCUGGGGCCUCUUCGUUUGACUCAACCUUUAUUGAGUAGUAUCGGUGUGGUUCUUAAACAUCAACACUUGGGAGGCAAAGGUGGCCGGGUCUGCUGCUGGCAACGUCAUCCCUUGGCAUGCCAUGCCGGUCUUUAUAGGCGUUCGCUAACAACACUUGCACCAACAGUCUAUAUCCCCAUGUAAAGGAUGUUUGUGUAACACAGCUGUGUGCAUAAAGUAGCACUUUAAUGUGUGUGUGUGUGCACGCGCGUGCGUGUAGCUUUUGAAUGAGUUCAGCUUAUACCCAACUGCCUGGGUGUGCGCGUGUUUCUCCAGUACGUGUGCGUGCGUAGGAGUUCCCAUUGCGCGAACACGCUCCCUUGCGUCCGCUCGCGUACGCUCAACAUGACUGCCACCUCGCUUUGUUCCCUCGUCAAACGCAGGCGAGCGCUUGCCUCUGCGAAAUACAUUACGGGGGGGGGGGGGGGUUUAAAACAUACACGAAGCGCCUGCUUUGCUUAGUUACACGCACGGCGGGGGGAAUAAUAAGUCAAGAAAAAUAACGGAAGACGAUGGUCGCUGAUAGAUUCUGGGGAGGGCGAGUCACUUCUCACCAUGUCGCUGGCUAGCGAGCCUGGCGUCGUGAGCCGGGGCCAGGCCGGCAAGCCCCCCGGGGGCCCCGUGCCGUCGUGCCCUCCCAGCGGCACCAAGCUCUUCACCAGCACCGUCCACUGCACGGCCGUGCUCGAGGGGUUUGAGCGUUUGAGGCAGGACGGUCUGCUGUGUGACGUGUCGCUUCUGCCGGGAGACGGGGAGGAAAGUUUCCCCGUGCACCGUGCCAUGAUGGCCUCAUCCAGCGAUUACUUCAAAGCCAUGUUCACCGGCGGCAUGAAAGAGCAGGACCUGACUCAGAUUAAGCUGCACGGGGUGAGCGGCAUGGGGCUUCGUCAGAUCAUCGACUUUGUGUACACGGCCAAGCUGUCGCUCAGCAUGGAGAGCCUGCACGAGACGCUCGAGGCAGCAAGUUUCUUGCAGGUGCUGCCCGUGCUCGACUUCUGCACGGAGUUCCUCAUCUCGGAGACGACGCUGGAGAACUGCGUGGAGGUGGGCCGCAUCGCCAACACGUACCACCUGGCGGCCGUCGACCGUUUCGUCGACGGCUUCAUCCUGCGCAACUUCGGCGCGCUGUCGCAGACGGCCGGCUUCCUGCGGCUGCCGGCUGAGCGGCUGGAGCGCGCCCUCGCCAGCGACUCGCUCAAGCGCUGCACCGAGCUGCAGCUCUUCCGCGCCACCUGCCGCUGGCUGCGGCACAGCGAAGCGGCCGACACUGGCGACGCGACGGUGGUGCCAGCGGGAAGCAGCGGCGCUGGCGCUGCCGGCGGUGCCGGAGGCGGCAGUGGCGGCAGCGGUAGCGGCGGCGGCAGCGGCGGCAGCAGCGGCGGCAGCAGCAGCAGCGGCGCGUUCGGGGUGGGCAGUGCCACGGGCAGCCUGGCCCGGCACAGGGCAUCGAGCAGCGACACCCUACCCAGGCAGAAGACUGAUGUAGACUCAUCAUCCACGAUGUCGCGCUGCAAGGGGGAUGGGGAGCCGCACGGAAGCCGCAUGCGACAGGCCGCCCGUCUCAUGUCCCGCAUCCGCUUUCCGCUCAUGUCCCCGCAGGAGCUGCUGCACGAAGUCCAAACGGUGGAGUUCAUGCGCUCGGACGCCGCCUGCGUCAACUUGCUUCUGGAGGCCAGCAACUACCAGAUGCUGCCGCCCAUGCAGCCGGUGCUGCAGUCGGAGCGUACGCGCAUCCGCUCGGACGCCACGCACCUGCUGGCGCUGGGCGGGGUGCUGCGCCAGCAGCUGCUCGUGUCCAAGGAGCUGCGCUUGUACGACGAGCGCACGCGGCUCUGGCGCUGCCUGGCGCCCAUGGAGGCGCCGCGGUAUCAGCACGGCAUCGCCGUGGUGGGCAACUUCCUCUUUGUCGUCGGCGGGCAGAGCAACUACGACACGAAGGGCAAGACGGCGGUGGACACGGUCUUCCGGUACGACCCGCGCUACAACCGCUGGGCGCAGGUGGCUCCGCUCAACGAGAAGCGCACCUUCUUCCACCUGAGCGCACUCAACGGGCGCUUGUACGCCGUGGGCGGCCGCAACGCCGCCGGUGAACUGGCGACGGUGGAGUGCUAUGACCCGAGCAGUAACGAGUGGACGUACGUGGCACGCAUGGCUGAGCCCCACUACGGCCACGCCGGCACCGUCUACGGCAACCUCAUGUACAUCUCCGGCGGCAUCACGCACGACACCUUCCAGAAGGAGCUGCUGUGCUACGACCCGGAGUCGGACCGCUGGACGCAGCGCGCGCCCAUGUCGACGGUGCGCGGCCUGCACUGCAUGUGCACCGUGCGCGACCGCCUCUACGUCAUCGGGGGCAACCACUUCCGCGGCGCCAGCGACUACGCCGACGUGCUCUCCUGCGAGUUCUACUCGCCGGCGGCCGACAACUGGACGUCGGCCGCCCCCAUGCUGCGCGGCCAGAGCGACGUGGGAGUGGCCGUCUUCCAGGGCCGCAUCUACGUGGUGGGCGGCUACUCUUGGAACAGCCGCUGCAUGGUGGAGAUGGUGCAGCGCUACGACCCCGAGCGCGACGAGUGGCAGAAGGUGUUCGACCUCCCCGAGUCGCUGGGCGGCAUCCGAGCGUGCACCCUCACCGUGCACCCCCCUCCGGACGACGACGCCCAGCACCCGGACGACGACGACCGCGGCGGCGGCGGCGGCGGCGGCGGCGGAGGAGGCGGCGGCGGCGGCGGCGGCGGCGGCGGCGGCAGCAUCGGCGGCGGUAGCAGCGGCGGUAACGGCAGCGCGGGAGCCGGGGGAACGGGCGCCGGGAUGGGAGACCCGCUCAACACGCCCUAACGCGGUGUGCGCCCGCUCAUCGACGGGACGAUGCGGCGAGCUGAGCGCGCGGCGCCGGCUCGGCACCGGCAGGGCCCCUUCCCCCGAGAGGUUUUGGGCAUCCGAGGCGUUGCGCUGCCAUCUCGGCGAGGGUCCCCCUCCCCCCCGCCCGCCCCCCCCCCCCC